AUGCUAGCGUCGCUGUCCGAUAUGCUGGCGUGGAAGCCUAGCAACUCCACCGCCAAGCAGACGAAACCGCGGCGCGCACCCACCGCCACCUCCGAGAUGGAAGACUCUUGCGACGACUUAUCUGAGACCGAGAGCGCCGAGUCCAGCCAGUCCGGGGCUCCCUAUCUGCGUCGACAGCAAUCAUGCCCCUCUGUGCCGCGCAAGGGCCGACUGGACACGCAGCCCGAGAGUGAAAGUGACGCCGAUUCUGCGCCUCGCCCGGCGCUCAAGGCCGUCUACUCGCUCGCGCGUGCAGGGCUUACGUCCUCCAAGCUUUUCCUCCCGCACUCCCGCAGCGUGGAUGCCGUCUCGGAGCAGGAUCUGACCACAAAAUCUGCAGGCGCGCGCGUAGCCACACCCUUCGGACUUGGCAAGAUCAUGGCGAUCCGAGGAGACGACGGCGUCGCUGCCAUUGAACUACAGGCGUCUGGACUGUUAUUCCUCAAUGCUACCGACAUGGAAAAGGUGCAGGUCGUUCCAGCGCUCGUUGGCGAGCGCGUGCGCACGCCGUCCGGAUCCGGACGCGUUUUGAAGUACGACGUCCGUGAGCAGCUGUACACGCUACGCUUGGGAGCAGGCGGCGGUCUUGGUGAGUACGAACUCCAGCUUCGACCCUCAGAUCCUCGGCGUCCGCGGGGAAUGUCGGAGGGUAGCAACGUGGACUGGGAGUCGAGACGUACGCGCUUUAGACGCUCCAGUGCCAGCCCGCCUCCAGCAGUUGCAGGGUUGACGCUGCUCAAGAACAUUGCCACGACUUCGUACACUUUUGUAGCGAGUAAAUACCACCAGGGACAACCCGUGAUCACCAAAUUUGGCGCCGGACACAUCCUGUCGGUGGACCCACAGCGCGGAUCGGCGCAAAUUCAGCUCGUAUGGGGCGCUAUCGCAUACCUGAAUGCCGAUAUGAUUGAUUUCUACCCCAAGGCGCUUGAAGGCACCGACGUGCAGACCAAGUUCGGAUCAGGGAUCGUCAUUGGACUGAGACCAGCCGAUGCUAUUUACACGGUGCGCUUGCAUGACCCGCAACCUGCCGGGAAGUCGGAUGUGGUUUUUGUGCACGAGUCUGAUCUCCACCGGAGCCGCAGGAUCGCCGUCACGGCUGCGAAUGUUCGUGAUAGACUAAAAGCCAUGGCACAGCGACGUUUCGGUGAACGCAUUGUGGUGGCUCACCAGAAUCAUGACGAAGAGCCCAACUCUGCAGGCAUUUAA